GGCGGCGGCGGCGGCGGCGGCGGCCCUGGAGGAGGAGAACAUGGCGGCCGCGGAGAGCGGCUGAAAUGCCUGUUCUUCAGGCCGGGCGAGCGGGAGACUGACGCGAUUCACCUUGUCCGGUCGUCCGUCGGUCGGAGCGCGGCCUCAAGCGCCUCGGCUGCAGUUCGCUGUUGUUCCCUCAAGCACAGCUUGCGCCGGGGUGGUUCUGCAUCCCCCUGAAGUGGGGGGACUCCAGCUCCGGAGGAGGGGGCCGGAGAGCCGAGGCGGCGGCGGCGGCGGCGGGUUGCCUGGGCCCCGGGGACGGGCGCCCGGCCCGAGGAGUGGCGGAGUCCGCGGCGGCGCCGCCACAGUCGCGAGCGAGCGCGGCGCAGGGGAGCGCGGCCCAGAGGCGGCGGCGGCAGAGGCAGAUCUGUCCCUACUAAAGGAAAUGAAACUGGAAUUGACCUGAUGAUAACACCAAGGCCCUUCAGACAAGAUCACAGAGGAGGAAACCUGGCUUCCAAAUGAAGACACCAACAUUCAGAAUUUCUACUUAUUCAAAGUUGUUCGUGUAAUUGACCUUAAAUGAGGGGAGAGCAAAUCGACUAGCACCAUCUCUGGACACCACUGCGUUCCUCCACUCCCCCAGAAGCCGCCCUCUGGAGCACUCAAUUUGACCAUAUCUGCUUUGAGGACUCAGUAUGAACAAAGAAGUCUCCCAGGUUAUAUGUGUACUAUAUAGUACAUAAAACAUCCCAGCAUUUAGACAGAGACAGAGACCGGUCAAUCUCUAGGAGUGCAAGGCCAGUCUAGAAUACAUAGUGAAAUGGUAUCUAAAACAACAGCUACAACAACAGGAAAAUACAAGGUGUGAAGUUCAUCAACAUGAGUGGCCUUGGGGACAGUUCAUCCGACCCUGCGAACCCAGACUCACAUAAGAGAAAAGGAUCGCCAUGUGACACACUGGCAUCAAGUACUGAGAAGAGGCGCAGGGAGCAAGAAAAUAAGUAUUUAGAAGAACUAGCUGAAUUACUGUCUGCCAACAUCAGUGACAUUGACAGCUUGAGUGUAAAACCAGAUAAAUGCAAGAUCUUGAAGAAGACAGUAGAUCAGAUACAGCUAAUGAAGAGAAUGGAGCAAGAGAAAUCCACAACUGAUGAUGACGUGCAGAAGUCCGACAUCUCAUCGAGCAGUCAAGGAGUGAUAGAGAAGGAGUCGCUGGGCCCCCUUCUUCUGGAGGCUUUGGAUGGAUUUUUCUUUGUUGUGAACUGUGAAGGAAGAAUUGUAUUUGUGUCAGAAAAUGUGACCAGCUACCUGGGUUACAAUCAGGAAGAAUUAAUGAAUACCAGCGUCUACAGCAUACUGCAUGUGGGAGAUCAUGCAGAAUUUGUCAAGAAUCUACUACCAAAAUCACUAGUAAAUGGAGUUCCUUGGCCUCAAGAGGCAACACGCCGAAACAGCCAUACAUUUAACUGCAGGAUGCUGAUUCACCCUCCCGAUGAGCCAGGCACUGAGAACCAAGAAGCUUGCCAGCGCUAUGAAGUAAUGCAGUGUUUCACGGUGUCACAGCCAAAAUCAAUCCAAGAAGAUGGCGAAGAUUUCCAGUCGUGUUUGAUUUGUAUUGCUCGUCGAUUACCUCGGCCUCCAGCCAUUACAGGUGUAGAAUCCUUUAUGACCAAGCAAGAUACUACAGGCAAAAUCAUCUCUAUUGACACUAGCUCCCUGAGAGCUGCUGGCAGGACUGGCUGGGAAGAUUUAGUAAGGAAAUGUAUCUAUGCUUUUUUCCAACCUCAGGGCAGAGAGCCAUCUUAUGCCCGACAGCUGUUUCAAGAAGUGAUGACUCGUGGCACUGCCUCCAGCCCAUCCUAUAGAUUCAUAUUGAAUGAUGGGACAAUGCUUAGCGCCCACACCAAGUGUAAACUUUGCUACCCUCAAAGUCCUGACAUGCAGCCUUUCAUCAUGGGAAUUCAUAUCAUCGACAGGGAGCACAGUGGGCUUUCUCCUCAAGAUGACACUAAUUCUGGAAUGUCAAUUCCCCGAAUAAACCCCUCAGUCAAUCCUGGUAUCUCUCCAGCCCAUGGUGUGACCCGUUCAUCCACGUUGCCACCAUCCAACAACAACAUGGUCUCUGCCAGAGCAAACCGCCAGCAGAGCACAGACCUUAACAGCGGCAGCAGUCACAGUAACUCUAGCAGCAGCCAAGGGAGCUUUGGAUGCUCACCUGGAAAUCAGAUUGUAGCCAGCGUUGCCUUAAGCCAGGGACAGGCAGGUUCCCAGAGCAGUAAUCCGUCUUUAAACCUCAAUAAUUCUCCUAUGGAAGGUACAGGAAUUUCCCUCGCACAGUUCAUGUCUCCGAGGAGACAAGCUAAUUCUGGCUUGGCAACAAGGGCCAGGAUGUCAAACAAUUCAUUUCCUCCAAAUAUUCCAACAUUAAGCUCCCCGGUUGGCAUCACUAGCGGUGCCUGUAGUAAUAAUAACCGAUCCUAUUCCAAUAUCCCAGUAACAUCUUUACAAGGUAUGAAUGAAGGACCCAAUAAUUCUGUUGGCUUCUCUGCCGGCUCUCCAGUCCUUCGGCAGAUGAGCUCACAGAAUUCACCUAGCAGAUUAAGUAUGCAACCAGCAAAAGCCGAGUCCAAAGACAACAAAGAGAUUGCAUCCAUUUUAAAUGAAAUGAUUCAGUCAGACAACAGUGCUAACGAAGGCAAGCCUCUGGACUCAGGACUUCUGCAUAACAAUGACAGACUCUCAGAUGGAGACAGUAAGUACUCUCAAACUAGUCACAAACUAGUACAGCUAUUGACGACUACCGCAGAGCAGCAGUUACGGCAUGCUGACAUAGACACGAGCUGCAAAGACGUCCUGUCCUGCACUGGCACUUCCAGCUCCGCCUCCUCUAACCCCUCAGGAGGUACUUGUCCCUCUUCCCACAGCUCUCUGACUGAGCGGCAUAAAAUUCUGCAUCGGCUUUUACAGGAGGGCAGCCCCUCAGACAUCACCACCUUGUCUGUGGAACCCGAAAAGAAGGACAGUGCGUCAGCUUCUACUGCUAUGUCAGUGUCUGGACAAGCCCAGGGGAGUGCCAGCAUAAAACUAGAACUGGAUGCUUCAAAGAAAAAAGAGUCAAAAGACCAUCAGCUCCUACGCUACCUUUUAGACAAAGAUGAGAAAGAUUUAAGAUCAACUCCAAACCUGAGCCUGGAUGACGUAAAGGUCAAAGUGGAGAAGAAAGAGCAGAUGGAUCCUUGUAACACAAACCCAGCCCCAGUGACCAAACCUGCUCCCGAGGAGGUUAAACUCGAGUCCCAGAGCCAGUUUUCAGCUGACCUUGACCAGUUUGAUCAGUUAUUGCCCACACUGGAGAAGGCAGCGCAGUUGCCGGGCUUGUGUGAGACAGACAGAAUGGAUGGUGCGGUCCCCGGUGUGAACAUCAAGUCGGAGAUCCUGCCCGCUUCACUUCAGCCCACCCCUGCCAGAUCUGCUCCCAGGCUGAACAGAUUGCCUGAACUAGAAUUAGAAGCAAUCGAUAACCAGUUUGGACAACCAGGAGCAGGGGAUCAGAUUCCAUGGGCAAAUAAUACUGUGACGGCGAUAAAUCAGAGUAAACCAGAAGACCAAUGUAUUAGCUCACAGUUGGAUGAGCUCCUCUGUCCACCAACAACAGUAGAAGGAAGAAAUGAUGAGAAGGCCCUUCUGGAACAACUGGUGUCUUUCCUCAGUGGCAAAGAUGAGACGGAGCUGGCCGAGCUAGACAGAGCGCUGGGGAUUGACAAACUUGUACAGGGAGGUGGAUUAGAUGUAUUAUCUGAGAGAUUUCCACCACAGCAAGCAACACCACCUUUGAUGAUGGAAGACAGGCCCACCCUCUAUCCCCAGCCAUACUCGUCUCCUUCUCCCACCGCCGGUCUCUCUGGCCCUUUCCAAGGCAUGGUCCGACAGAAGCCUUCACUGGGUACUAUGCCGGUUCAAGUAACACCUCCUCGAGGAACCUUUUCACCCAACAUGGGCAUGCAACCCCGGCAGACUCUAAAUAGACCUCCAGCUGCACCCAACCAGCUUCGGCUGCAGCUGCAGCAGCGGCUACAGGGGCAGCAGCAGUUGAUGCACCAAAACCGGCAAGCUAUCUUGAACCAGUUUGCAGCAAAUGCUCCUGUUGGCAUGAACAUGAGGUCAGGCAUGCAGCAGCAGAUAACACCUCAGCCACCCCUGAAUGCUCAGAUGUUGGCACAGCGCCAACGGGAGCUGUACAGUCAGCAGCAUCGACAGAGGCAAAUUAUCCAGCAGCAAAGAGCCAUGCUCAUGAGGCACCAAAGCUUUGGGAACAACAUCCCUCCUUCAUCCGGACUCCCAGUUCAAAUGGGGAACCCCCGUCUUCCUCAGGGUGCUCCACAGCAGUUCCCCUACCCACCAAACUAUGGUACAAAUCCAGGAACCCCACCUGCUUCUACCAGCCCUUUCUCUCAACUGGCAGCAAACCCUGAGGCAUCCUUGGCCACCCGCAGCAGCAUGGUGAACAGAGGCAUGGCAGGGAACAUGGGAGGACAGUUUGGUACUGGCAUCAGUCCGCAGAUGCAGCAGAAUGUCUUCCAGUACCCAGGGUCAGGACUGGUUCCCCAAGCUGAGGCCAACUUUGCCCCAUCUCUAAGCCCUGGGAGCUCCAUGGUGCCGAUGCCAAUCCCUCCUCAAAGCUCUCUGCUCCAACAAACUCCACCCACUUCUGGGUACCAGUCACCGGACAUGAAGGCCUGGCAGCAAGGAACAAUGGGAAACAACAAUGUGUUCAGUCAAGCCGUCCAGAGCCAGCCUGCCCCUGCACAGCCAGGAGUGUACAACAACAUGAGCAUCACCGUGUCCAUGGCAGGUGGAAACGCAAACGUUCAGAACAUGAAUCCAAUGAUGGGCCAGAUGCAAAUGAGCUCUCUGCAGAUGCCAGGGAUGAACACUGUGUGCUCUGAGCAGAUGAAUGAUCCAGCACUGAGACACACAGGCCUCUACUGCAACCAGCUCUCAUCCACUGACCUUCUCAAAACCGAAGCAGAUGGAAACCAGCAGGUGCAGCAGCUUCAGGUGUUUGCUGACGUCCAGUGUACAGUGAACCUGGUAGGCGGGGACCCUUACCUGAACCAGCCUGGUCCUCUGGGAACUCAAAAACCCACGUCAGGACCACAGACCCCCCAGGCCCAGCAGAAGAGCCUCCUUCAGCAGCUACUGACUGAAUAACCACUUUUAAAGGAAUGUGAAAUUUAAAUAAUAGACAUGCAGAGUUAUACAAAUAUAUUAUAUAUUUUUCUGAGAUUUUUGAUAUCUCAAUCUGCAGCCAUUCUUCAGGUCGUAGCAUUUGGAGCAAAAAAAAAAAAAAAAAAAAAAAAAGAAAAGAAAAAAGUUCACUUUUGUUGGGAGAUUGAGAGGUGGUGUUUUUGUUUCCUUCUUUGUAAAGGCCUUGGAUAUUGAAAAGAAUAACAAGGCAGAACAGUUGGACAAUCUUAUUUCUUGAGCCAAAAGUUAAUUAUUCUUAUUUUUAUAAUCAGUCAUUGGCUUCUUAUCUGGAUAAAGGCUUUUGGAGGGAAACCAAAAUAACGAGUUCGGAGGGGAGGACGAAGCCCUGCCUCACUGGCUCAGGGCUGUCCCUGCCCUGGAAGAAGAGCCUUGGGGCCCCACCUGUCUGUCCACCAAAGGCUGUCACGCUCCUCCCACCACAGCCCCCCUCCCCUGCCCCCAGGCAGCUUGUGCGCACAAUCAGCUUCUUCAAGCAACUCCGCCCGAUCUGUUGGCACCGAGAGAUUAUUUUGCGUCUACACAUGUACCCUUCUCCUUUUUAUAAAGAUGGAUUUAAACCACGAUGCCUCCAGGAGAGAGGAUGAAAUAGGUGUGUUCACCACGGAAUCCAAAAAUGCAGUUUGGGGGGAAAAUGCAAUAAUUUUUGAUAAGAUGGGUGAAGGACAAGAACCGAGUUCUAUCAAUUAUUGUAGAUACGAUUUUCUGAUUAAGUCUGCGGGGAAGGCAGCCUGUUCUUUCUGCUUUUACUCUGUUAACAGCAAGGUAGCUAAAGUUAUUUAAAAUAAAAUUAAGUUUAUGAUCCGAGUAGCUUUUUUUCCCUUAAAUCUCACUGUAAAUAUAUUUUGAUUUCUUGUAGAAAUUGAUUUUGUUCUGUUUAAUUUUAUGCUUUUUUUCAUCCUCUUGGUUUUUCUAAAUUUGUGUGUGAAAUAUAAUGUUGAUUGAACUGCAAUUAUAUUUGGCUGGUAAUUCGUUAUCCCAGUAACUGUGAAGCCAUGUAUGGAUUUACUUUGGGUCUCAUCAAAGUGGCACCGCUGGAAAGAGCAAUUCUAGCUGAGCUGAUCAAAGUACACAGGCCGCUUGUAUGAAGGGAAGUCAGCGCUCAAAGAAAAUCUCCUCUUUUUGUCUCAGAAUAACUUUGGGAAUUUGAAUUUCCAUCAGUGCAAAUGUGUUUCUCUGUUCUGCUCCGAGGCCCUCGUCUUGUUAUUCUGCCACAUCCCAGCUCACCCUGGCCCUCCAAGAAAGGAGCCAGCAAACCGACUCUAGUGCUAGCAGUUCUGCUACAGGCUGGGAGAGCUUGAGCAAGCAUGGCCAGAGAGGCCAAGGGAGACCUCCCGUGCUAACCUUGCCCGACACCUGGCCUGUGGGCGACAACACUGACCUUCUGCACCAGCUACCUCUGCUCGCACGGCAGAGAAAAGGCCAUAAGAACCAAUGCAGAUGAGGAGCAUGGACUCAAGACUUCAAGGAAGAAGCCAUUUCCCCAGGUCCUUCCUUCUGCAUCUCACCGCCCCUGGUACAAACAACUCCAUAAGAACAGCAUCUACUCAGAAACUACAGGACUUUGAAACUGGUGGAAGGGCUCAUGUGGUAGCAGCUAUGAAACAGAAAUAGGACCCUCAGUUACAGACAUUCUCUUUUUUAGUUUUCCAGAAAGUGCAUCCCUGAUCUCAUCCAUUUCCAGCUUGAAAGCCCAGCCAUGUUACUCUAGUUCCUACCAAACUGCUCUAAGAGGUCGUUUCCAUUUUGUUUGUGAUAAUAAACAUGCAGACUUCAGGAAGUCCACCUUUAAUUCAGCAUUCCAGAUGGAGUUUCCUGACUCCGGGCUUGUGCGUAAGGACCUAGAAAAGAACAGCAGUAAGGAAAGUUGGAGAUGCUAAUGUCCUCCCCCAUCCCCACUGCACCUUAAAGUAUGCAUGUCACCUUCAAGGUUUUAUAAUUGCACUGUUUGUUUUAUGUAUGUACAGAUUAAAAUUAUUGCUACAUUUGAGGAAAAUAAAAUUGCUUGCUUCUAUGUAAUUCCUGUCAUUCCACAGGAAAUUGACUUUUCCAGCUACUGAAUAGAAUUUGUUUAACAACCUCA